AUGAAGUCCAAGGCCUUUUUCAAUGACCCGACGCUCAUAGUCGACCACAUGUGCAAGUCGUUGGCGGCCCAGAACCCAACGCUGCGCUAUGACUCGGCAAACAAAGUUCUCUAUCGUCCCGUUGGCCAGGACGAAACAAAAGUGAGCCUGAUCAGUGGUGGUGGCUCCGGCCACGAGCCUGCCCACGCCGGAUAUGUCGGCGAAGGGAUGCUCGACGCGGCCGUCUGCGGAAAGGUUUUUGCGUCGCCUAAUUUUGACCAAAUCAUUUCUGCCUUUGACCGCGUCGCAACACCACGAGGUAUCCUGGUCAUUGUCAAGAACUAUACUGGCGACAAGCUCAACUUCGGCCUUGCCGCCGAGACAUACCAAGCCCAAACCGGGAUCCCCACCCACAUUGUCACAAUUGCAGACGAUGUAUCAGUACCCUAUUCUCGCGGAAAACUCGUCGGCCGGCGAGGCUUGGCCGGUGCGGUCCUUGUUCACAAGAUCAGUGGAGCUGCCGCUGCCAGCGGACUGGGCCUGUCCGAGGUUGCCAAGGUUGCGCAGCAUGUGUCGGAUAAUAUGGCCACUAUUGGAUGCUCAUUGGACUACGCCAACCUUCCCGGUGGCGCUGACCAGCCUUCAAUCCCUGAGAAUGCUAUCGAACUCGGCAUGGGUAUCCACAAUGAGCCUGGCGCCCAGCGGAUCUCACCGCAGCCCUCUAUUGAACAGCUCGUGAGCAACAUGCUGAAGCUUCUACUGAACGAGAAUGACCCCGAGCAUGGAUUCCUCAAGUUCCAAGGGGUACCGCAAAACAAGUCAGAGCUGGUAUUGAUGGUGAACAAUCUGGGCGGUUUGUCAGUACUCGAGCUACAAGCUAUCGCAAACGUCACCUUGGAGUGCUUGAAAGCAGAAUACAAUAUCACCCCGAUCCGCAUCUAUGUCAACACAUACUUGACAGCGCUGGAUGCACCGGGAUUUAAUAUCACCAUCGCCAAUCUGACACCCAAGAUAUUUGAUUCAGACAUCAAUUUGCUGUCCUUGCUGGACGAGCCUGUGGAAAUAGGCAGCUGGGCCACAAGUCAGCCCCUGCGCAAUGCUGCAGUGGCAGAGGCUGCCCCGGAGAACAAGCGCGCCCGCUCUCCAAAGUUGAAUAAGGAAAUUAUGUGUACGUUUCACCUUCCCAUGUCAUUUAUGUCUGUUCGAUCACUAAUUUUUCAAAAUUAUAUAGGCGACCAGCGUGUCUUCCUCAAAAUUCUGGAGAACAUUCUCGCCCAAGUGACAACAGACGAGCCAAAACUGACAGAAUAUGAUACUCUGAUGGGUGAUGGAGACUGUGGAACUACACUGCUCGCAGGUGCAAAGGCCGCACACGCAAUCUCUGAGCAAGGCGAAGAAACUCUUGCAAGUCUCUCAAAGGGCUUGAUGAAGGUUGCUUCUGCUGUCCGCAGCGGCAUGGGCGGAACAUCCGGUGCUCUCUACGGCAUCUUUCUGAACUCAUUCGUCUCCGGCGUGCAGAGAAACCACGAAGAAUUCAAGGAGGUCAACAUUCAGCUUUUUGCCAAGAGCGCCACUCAGGCCCUGGAGACUCUCAAAGGAUACACUAAUGCUCGGGAGAACAGCCGUACAUUGAUGGAUGCCUUGAUUCCUUUCGUCAACGAGCUGUCCAAGGCUGUAUUCACCGAGAAGGAAAAUGCUUCCAAUGCGCUACAUAAGGCCCUCAAGGCCGCUGAGGAUGGAGCGGAGGCCACUAAGUGGAUGAAAUCCACUUUCGGUCGAUCUACCUAUGUCGGCGCUAGUGAAGAAGGUGAUGAUAACCCUACCAAGGGUAUUCCGGAUCCAGGUGCUUGUGGUAUUGUGGCGAUUGCCACGGCCAUUCAGAGCGUGUUCCAGACCCAAAACUGA